AUGAUGCAGGUGAUCCUUAAAGACGUGAAGCAAGAGGAGGAGCAUGUUCUCAAUUUCAAGGGCUCGAUCAAGGGUCAUCGAGUGCUCAACCGCAAUAGGGCGCUCGACCAUUUGACACUGAUGGCCGACUACUUUGCCCCCAAUGCACUCUUCACUGACCAUUUUCACCGGCAUUUUCGGAUGCGCAAGACUGUCUUCGAUCGUUUGUACCAUGGUGUCUGGUCCUACGAUGACUACUUCAUUCUGAAGAAGGACGCCAUGCGAACGAGGCUUCUCUGGUUACCAGAAGUGCACGCCCGCACCUCGAUGCUUGCAUAUGACAUGACCGUUGAUUCGUGGGACAAGUACCUAGAGAUGUCUGAGAGCACAUGCGGAGAUGACAUGGUCAAGUUUGCAACCGCCAUGGUCGAGGUGUUCGGACCUCGGUAUCUGAGAGAACCAACUGUGGAAGACAUCGGGAGGCUCUUGGCAAUCUCAGAAGCAAGAGGGUGGCCAGGUUUACUUCGAUCUCUUGACUGCAUGCAUUGA